UAACGGUUUUAACGCGGUGCUGCGGUCGCACCGUCUGUAUUGCGAUCUAUGUUCGGUACAUGUUUUUUUUCACAUUCGAUAGUUUAAAUUGCAAAUUUAUUAUACGUUUUUAUUCGAUACGGCAUUUGCAUCGAAUUUGGCAUGAAAUUUUAGCGCGAUAAAUACGAAAAGGAGAGACAGCGAUUCUUCGACGAAAUAAUGGGUACUGUCCAUGCUAAGGAACCUAGUAAUCCUUCAGGUUUAGGUCAAUCACCUGAGGAGAAUGCCUCCGCAAAUAAAUGCAAUGAGUCACCAAAAGCGGGUGAUUUUCCAUCAUUUUCCAAUAACAAAUCUCAGUUAUACAGGGAAGAAGAGAAUAUACAAGCAAAAAAUAUCUUUCUCCAGACAGUAAAGGCACGAGUCGAUAAGAUACAUGUGGAUGGACUUAUACGAACAAAGGAUGAUAUAAUCAAAUCACAAGUGAUGGAUUUAUUUAAGGCUACCAAUUUUGAAGAUGUUAUUAUACGCGCUUAUAAAGUACGGGAGAAGUUAGAUUCCCUGCAAUGCUUUAAAAAUAUUGGAAUUUACAUCGACACCAGUCAAGGACCCGAUGCCACUCCUGAUGGUGUUGAAGUCACUUUUAUGGUACGUGAAAUGAGACGCCUGGGUGGCGCUAUCAGUACGAUGAUUGGGAACAAUGAGGGAUCCUUGAUGAUUGGCGCAAGAGCGCCGAAUCUGUUUGGCAGAGCAGAACGUAUUCAAGUGGAGUAUUCACACGGUAACAAAAGUUCGAUCAACUUCAAUGUAUCCGCCAUUAAACCAUUUCCACAGAGCUUGUACAAUGCAGUGUUAACUGGCACUGUAUUCAGCACAACGCAUGAUUUCCCGUGGUCUGGUUUUAAGCAAAACGACAAAGGAUUGCUCCUUGACAUGGAAUUCCAUCAGACGGACACUUCCAAGCAUAAUAUACAGUAUGAAGCUGCAUUUAGAAAUAUAAGUUGUUCGAAACAGGCGGCCUUUCGUGUUCGGGAACAAUGCGGACCGAAUUUGAAGUCGGCGUUAAGAUACAUUUGGACGAUAGAUAAAAGAGACUCCUCUAUAUUUCCUAUUACUGGGAGCCUUAUGCGAUUAACGACAGAGAUGGCUGGGUUAGGUGGAGAUAUAGGUUUCUUGAAGAACGAGCUUGCCAUACAGACUAAUUGGUCGCCACACGAAUAUCUGACAUUCCAGCUAGGUCUUCAGGCUGGGCUGUUAAGUGCGAUCAGUAACGACAUGAAAAUAAGCAUCGCCGAUCAUUUUUUCCUAGGCGGUCCGCUGAAUCUUCGAGGAUUCGAUAUGAGAGGAUGUGGACCCCGUUAUGAUGGAAAUUCCGUAGGUGGCGAAAUGUAUUGGGCAGCAGCUCUUCACAUAUACACGCCGCUACCGUUUAGGCCCGGUCGUAAUAGUUUCGGGGAUUUGUUUAGACUACAUGGUUUUAUUAAUGGUGGCAACCUGUCUAAUUUCACGUUUGCUUACGGUAAUCUAUAUAAUGAAAACAUGAAGAUUUUCACAGAAAACGUUCGCUGCACUAUCGGCGGGGGCAUCGCAAUGAAAUUAGGAAAUGUUGCUCGCGUAGAAUUAAACCUAGUUACACCACUAUUGUUCAUGAGAAGCGAUGUGCUCCAACAAUUUCAAUUUGGUAUAGGCGUGCAGUACCUCUGAGCAUUUCUUAUAUUUCGAUAGUCUCACUGUAUUAUUAACUGUACAAUGAAUUGGAAUGUAAAUGAAAAUAAAUUAUGUGUAAAAUAAAUUUAUUUCCG